CUCUCAGGCUCUCCCUCCCUCUUCCUCUCCCACUCUCAAAAGGAUUCAGGUCCUUUGGGCUCGUCAGUUGCCACUACUUUGCACUCGCAUCCCUCACCCGCCUUUCUAUCUCAUCUGGCCAACUUCGAUACUGCACCACCCCUUCGCAAGAGAACCCCCUCCCCCCUCUCUGGAAUACCCCCCUUGGCCCCAACACAGAUCAGGAACUGUUCGAGUCGACCCAGGCCGCGUACCACAACCUCGCUCGGAACGUCACAUCCCACUCAAACCCGCUCUCUAACCCCCGAUAUCGACCUCCUGACUCCUGCGGGGAAAGCUGCUCGAUCUUCUACGCCGGUUUUCUAUCGUGUCUCUCGCUUUCAUCCAUUCCGAUCUUCAAGGAAACACGCUUCAACAGCCCCUCUCGACGAUACUGACGCACUUGGCUUGGAACCAGAAGCAUCGGUCUUUUGAAGCCUCCCAUUUCCCACCUCCAACCAACCCAUUCACUACGUCAGUUACUUGCUCGGCACAACCCUUCCGCCGCACUAGUUCCUGGUUUCCGCCCGUGCUCUGUGCCGCAGCCAUCACAUCGUCACGUAGCUCUUGACUUCACUUCCUUUGCGACCUCGUGGAAUCCCAUCUCUCUGCCCCUCCCCCACUUCAACUGCACUCUUCUGGCCCGUCCGACAUACCAUUGCUGUCAUGGUCGAUCAGCAAUCUUCACAGCCUCAGACAAUGGACCCUCCUCAGCAGGCACCACCGAGUAUCCCCUCCCCCGCCCUAUCCACGCCCGGAUCCGUUCCCAUGAUGAACUCGCCAGUCCCCCUACUCCGCCCUGCCAUUCCCGGUGGCAGGUCCGGCGGCGGUGCUCGAACACCUAGACUCGGUCUCGCGAUUCCUCCUUCGCCAAAUGCAAAGCCAGUCGGCGGACAGCCGCCUCAGCCCGUAAACUCGCGACCUCCCCUCCCGACUCUGCACCUGGCCACUCCGAAGGGCAGCCAGACGACACCCUACGAGCAGCCAUCGAGAGCGGCAGGCGUAGGACAGUCAGCGAGCGGUGGCAGUGAGAGCAGCGCGGCCCAUUCAAGGUCGGGCAGCUUCGGCCCUCUGGACGGCCGUGCUAGCAAUCCCACAUCAGCCGGCUCUCAAUACUCGGCGCUAUCCUUUGCUUCACAGUACGGCUUCCCAGCGAGGCCUCAAGGAACUCCGGAUCCGUCAUCCGCUGUAGGCUCCAUAUACUCUGAGCGGAGCGAAGGCGGAGUUGGCAUGGAGCGAGAUAACAGCCUGCAGGGGCUCGAGGGUUUCGACAAGCUAUCAUUGGAGCGGGGUAGAACACUGGAUGUGGAGGAGCUCGACUCGGACGGCUGGAGGGUUGCGAGCAUGGAGAACCGGAUCGAGGAGCUCGGCAGUCUCGGCGAAGGUGCCGGCGGAGCCGUUACGAAAGCCAAAUUGAAGGGUGGAAAGACCACCUUCGCCCUCAAGGUCAUCACCACAAAUCCCGAUCCCGACGUCAAGAAGCAGAUUGUGCGCGAAUUGGGAUUCAACAAGGAGUGUGCAUCGGAACACAUCUGCCGCUACUAUGGCGCCUUCGAGGACUCGACGACGGGCACCAUCUCGAUCGCCAUGGAGUUCUGCGAAGGCGGCUCCCUGGACAGCAUCUACAAGGAGGUAAAGAAGCUCGGCGGCCGUACCGGCGAGAAAGUUCUGGGCAAGAUCUCGGAGGGUGUGCUCCGCGGACUGACGUACCUGCACGGUAUGCGUAUUAUUCAUCGAGACAUCAAGCCGUCCAACAUCCUGCUCUGCAGGAACGGAGAUGUCAAACUCUGCGACUUUGGUGUUUCCGGCGACUUUGGCACCAAGGGAGAAGCAAACACCUUCAUCGGCACCAGCUACUACAUGGCCCCCGAGCGUAUCACCGGCCAGUCGUACACCAUCACUUCCGACGUCUGGUCAACAGGCGUCACUCUGCUGGAGGUGGCGCAACACCGGUUCCCGUUCCCAGCCGACGGUACCGAGAUGCAACCACGAGCCGGAUUGAUCGACCUUCUAACCUACAUCGUCCGGCAACCGAUACCGAAGCUCAAGGAUGAGCCCGAUGCAAACAUUUUUUGGAGCGACAACUUCAAGUACUUUAUCGAGUGCUGUCUCGAGAAGGAGUCUACUCGAAGAGCAAGCCCCUGGAGGAUGCUCGAGCAUCCGUGGAUGGUUGAGAUGCGGUCGAAACGUGUCAACAUGGCGAAAUAUCUCGCCCAGGUUUGGGGUUGGGACACCAAAUAAGCGUGGGCAGGACAAGGACAAUGCAUCUGCAACGCAUUCAACCAUGCAUGACAUUCAUUGUCUCACACGGCGCCAGCUUGAUGACCAAUCGGGACCACAAAGGGAACCAGAGGCACCUCCCGGAGAAACUGCGAGAAUAGUGGCCGGAGUCUCUAGAGUGAAAACGCCAUAAGCUCGACGACUCGAGAGAGGAAGCACAUUUACACCCAAGCCAGCGGCAAAGCGAUCAAGCAGGACAAGACAAUUUUUCAUGAUUUAAUAUGACGGGCGUACGGGCACAGGAUUGCCGAUUGUCUCGCUCUCAGGGGGAAGAGGGGCUGGGUUCUUCUUCAGUAGCGGUAGCUGAGUUGUACCCGGGACGAGCGAGUCGGUGUCAGCACUACCUAGUUGGAAAGACCAUUGGCAUUAUUUGCGACGUUCAAGCGAAUUCAAACGGGGGAAAAAGUAUUGCCGUCCUCUUGGGUUGAUUUUUUCUUUUCUCGUCUUUCUUCUUUCUCGGGCCGAUGUGUGUUUGGUAGGGGGUUAGGGAGGCAUUGUACAUAUUUAUCGAUGAAAACGAUUCUCUCUCCAAGUAGGGGGUAUCUAAUCUAGUCUACACCAUUUACAUGCCAAGUAGAUUUCAUCAACCUUCAGUCAGUGAUGAAGUGUUUGUUUACUGUCCCCCCCCCCCGUCGACGCACUUUUCGACGCU